UCCUGAUUUUGGGUCUAUUUUGUUCGAUAUGAAAUUUUCUACUUUCUGAAAUGUGCUUUUUUUGUGUAAAGUUUUUAACUUUAUGAUUAUUCUGAGGGUUUGGGUGUAUUUGUUCUUUGUGGGUGUGUUGCAUUUUCUCCCUGGAUCGAAUUGGGGAAUUGUAUUGUUUUUGUUUUUUAUGUUCACUAGGUGUUUCUUAGCACUAUCUUAACCAUCAAAUUUGUAAAGUUUAGGUCUUGCAUUUCUAUAGUCAAUGAAAUUAUCUCAUACUUCUUGUUUAUAUUCCAAGGGCUAAUAUAUUCUGAUCACCUGUAAUCAUGAUACCCAAGUCUAUUGGUGCAGUUUGUGCAUUCACUUACUAGGAUAAUUUUAGGAUCAUUCCCAAUGCUAGAGCUUAAACUCGAUCUCGUAUUUUCUUGUUUGUAGAGUGAUCAUGUCAAAAGUUGUUGUUCCCAAUCCAAUAAUGGUAAAUGUGUUGUUCCAAACGAUUAAUAUGUUGCUUCAUUUGUAAUGUUGUGCUCUGUAUUGUAUAGGAUAAAUAUUUAAUGACAUUUUUCCUGAUGGAUGUAUGAGUUUUCGAGAAGGAUUCUAUGAAAUCCAGCCAGACUUAACUUUUUGUAUUGAAACAACUGGUAGAUAGGUAGCCACUGGGGGUGAAGCGAUGGUCUCUUACACAAAGCUAGUUGGUAUCUCAAAUGUUAGCAGUUGGAAACAAUAUAGAUUAGCAAAGGAACUUGGUUCAAGUGUCCUUUAGAGAUUGUUUGCGCAGUCCACACCAGAGAAAGAACAUUUAUAUUGUAGUGUUUUUGAACUGCACAAACCCCAUCUCUUUGUUUUGCAGCGUGACAAGUUUGAGAACUACUUUCCUGGGUUUCAAUAUCUUGCUAAGAAAGAGUCUUUGCAAUCUAGCCAAAGAUAUUUAUGUGUACUUUCUUCGAGCCUAUCAUUUGGUGAGAACGAAAUAAAUUUUAACACCUUCUAGGAUGCUAAUGUAGGAAUGAGAUAUAAGUUCCUCUAUGAGGAUUUUUUUUUUGCUAUUUUAUAAUUAUGAUCACUAAAACCUGUUUGGUUGUGUAAAUCCUUUCAUAUGUGGAACACUAUAUGGAUCUAUUUAAUUUCUCUUGUGUUUUUAAAAUGACAUAAUGUGUCAGAGAGUUCCCUAUUUACAUGCUGAAUCGCCUGUUAAAGACCAUAUCUCAAACAAAUGUACCCUGGUGUAUUAAAAUUAUCAAAAGGUACUUUUAACAACUUACUUUCUCUCUAUUUUAAAGUCAUUUAUGGUUCUACCAUUUGAGAUUUUUGCAUUCUCAUUGCAAAGUAGUCUUAUGGGAAUACACAGAAGUCAAAACUUUUAAACAAAGCACAUGGAGUCUAAAGUUGUACUCAAUAAAACGGUGAUGAUUAGUAGGAUUGAAGUUGAAAAUUCAUUUUUCAACUAAAAGUAGAAACUUUACCCUCUUAAAAUUAUUGGAGCUUAUAUCUGGCUGAUACUUGUCUUGUUGGUUGGAGAUGGUUGCCUGCUUUUGUGGCGUUAACACUAUAUUAAGGUUUCCAGCAUCUCUACUUUUAUUUUUGUCAUUUAUAAAAGUGGUGUCCGGUCCAGUUUAAGCACACCUCAGCUAUUCCAUCAGGCCCUUCUUCCUCUCUCAAGCACAGGUACUGGAUUACUCUUUCCACCAAACCUUAGUGUCUUUAUAUCUACCAGGAUUUAGACCGGCGCCUCUCAUGGUUUUCACACACACCCUAGGGUGCAGGUUUCUAGCAUCUUCGUGACUGAAUUCUCUGCAUUUUAACAUUUUUUUCUUCUCCUAUUAGUAAACAUCAGCAGGUGUGGUCUAGAAUAACCAGAAAUGAAGGUGCAUAGAGUUUGCAGAUGCAUCUGUUAGCUACGUUGUGCUUUGAUGUUAUUUUCUGAAUCUUGAUGAAAAUUCUGCCGAAGACAGUUGCUACAAUAUCAUCAUGACUGCUGGAAAAUCUGAAAAUCUCAAGAUGUUGGAACCAGGAAAGCCUCCACCAAAAAAGAAAGCCCGGAAGGAGAGAAAUCAGGGAAAAGUGACUGGAACUUCAUGCUCCAUCGAGAAUUUGGAUCAGCAAAUUUGGAAAGAAUUUCCUGAAGACCUAUUUGAAGCUGUUGUUGCAAGACUACCAGUUGCCACUUUUUUCCGCUUCAGAUUAGUUUGCCGAAAAUGGAACUCAAUGCUGACGUCCCAAAGUUUUUCUGAACAGUGUGCCCAAGUUCCUCAACCACAACCAUGGUUCUACACCAUUACUCAUGAAAACGUGAAUACUGGAGCCAUGUAUGACCCAACAUUGAAGAAAUGGCAUCAUCCUACUAUACCUGCACUGCCAACCAAGUUGAUAGUCUUGCCAGUUGCUUCUGCAGGAGGUCUUGUCUGUUUCCUUGAUAUUGGACAUAGGAGCUUCUACGUAUGCAACCCUCUUACUAGGUCUUUCAAAGAGCUACCAGCCAGAUCAGUUAAAGUGUGGUCCCGUGUGGCAGUAGGUAUGACAUUGUGUGGGAAAUCAGCCGGUGAGGGAUACAAUAUCCUUUGGGUUGGUUGCGAUGGAGAGUUUGAAGUUUACGACUCCAGAAAUAACUCUUGGGCUCGUCCAGGAACCAUGACGUCGAAUAUUAAGCUCCCUCUGGCACUCAACUUCAAGUCGCAGACAGUGUCCAUCGGUAGUAAACUUUACUUCAUGCGCUCGGACCCUGAUGGGAUCGUGUCCUAUGACAUGGUUUCUGGGGUUUGGAAACAGUUCAUUAUCCCUGCCCCGCUACAUUUGAGUGAUCAUACACUAGCAGAAUGUGGGGGGCGCAUAAUGCUUGUGGGUCUGCUGUCAAAGAAUGCAGCCACUUGCGUGUGCAUAUGGGAGCUGCAAAAGAUGACUCUUUUGUGGAAGGAGGUUGACAGAAUGCCAAACAUAUGGUGCUUGGAGUUUUAUGGAAAGCACGUUCGAAUGACUUGCUUGGGUAACAAAGGUUUGCUCAUGCUAUCGCUAAGAUCAAGACAAAUGAACCGUCUAGUUACAUAUGAUUUCUCAAGCAGAGAAUGGAUGAAGGUCCCUGGUUGCGUUUUGCCACGUGGGAAAAAGAGGCAAUGGAUCGCAUGUGGGACUGCUUUUCAUCCCUGUCUAACAGCUGUGGCUUGAUUUGGACUGCCCAGUAAAGUUGUAGUCCCAGCAGGGCACUGUACUAGCUUUUCCAGUUAUCAUUUGCAGCCCAGUCUACUGUGCUGAUAUAAGAAGAAAAACGAUGUGUGAAUUUAUUACCACUCUCUCUUGUAUAAACAUGUACUACUAGUUUUUGAGCUUUUGAUUCAUGAGGAGACUAAUCUACAAUGCUCUACCUACUAUUUAACAUUCAGCCAGCUUUAAAAACUUUCAAGGGAGUUUAUUGGGUUCUAUUA